AUGAAAGAGUUUUUUAUGAACAUCAUCAAUUAAAUCAGGAAGCAAGAUGUACAGCUAUGAAAAUGUUAAAAGCAGAAGCAAAGCCAAGUAUUAUUUAUGAGACUAUUAGAGAUGAAGAUGGAAAACUAAUUACUACAAGAAAGGAUAUAUCUAAUUUGGGUUUAAAGUUAACCUAUUAG